AUGUCAUACGGGAAAGGUCAUUGUAAUGUUUGGUCGAUUGAUGGAGGAGCACUCAUCAAAAAGCCUAUCAUAUUUGAGGGUCGCAAUAAACCAAAAUUGGUACUUUGUUCACAUUUCACCGAACGAGGACAUAUCAUAACUGGUGAUUCUAAUGGUACAUUAACAAUUUGGGAUACAUAUCAGAUUAAACCAAUUCGACAAGCUCAUAAUGGCGGUGUUUGGGCAUUAUGUUUACUUGGCAAUGGGCAUUUUAUUUCGGCUGGUAAAGAUCGAAUGUUAUUUGAAUGGGAAACUGAUGGUUUAACAAAGAUUCGUGGUCCAAUAACAUUUCCGGAUGAAGGAAGUGGUUGUAUACGUACCAUAGCAUCAACCUCAAGUUCUAAGUUAUUCAUUGGUACAACAAGGAAUACAAUUUGGAGUGGCACAUUGGAUAAUGGUUUUCAACAAAUUCAACAGGCACAUGCAGAUGCUGUAACACAUAUAACAUCGCAUCCAACAAAACCAUACUUUCUCUCUUCUUCAACUGAUAAUAAAUUACGAUUGUAUGAUACAGAAACAAAAACAAUACUUUGGACAUUGAAUGUUAAGGAUGAAAUAUGUUGUAGUGAUUUUCAUCCAAAAGGUGAUACUUUUGUUAUUGGUUUUGCAAAUGGUACAUGGACUGUAUAUAUUUACACAAAUCAAACACAAAUUUAUAGUUUUGAAGAGGAAAUAAAUAAUGCAAUUACAACUAUACGAUUUUCAACAAUUGGCAAUUUUUUGGCUGUUGCAACUAAAGGAAAAAAGUUAACAAUUUACGCCAUAUCGGGUGAUUUCCGCCACUAUGUUAAAGUAUCACAAAUUAUGGAAUUAAAGGCUUCGAUAAAGACGAUGGAUUGGUCAACAGAUGCUACCUUACUUCGAGCUAAUGACAAUGAUCUUCAACAUUAUAUUUGGAAUUCAAGUACUGGCCAAGUGGCUACCAUACAAGAAGCCAAGGAUGUGGAAUGGGCUUCAGCAAGAUGUGUAGUUUCAUUUGAAAAUGCUUGCAUUUCAUAUGCUUUAAUGAAAUCUAUUGCUGCUAUUGAUUGCAGUCCUGAUAAGCGAUAUAUUGCAGUAGCAUUAUCAAAUGGUUUGCUUCGUUUUUAUCAGUAUCCCACAACAACCAUUCUGGCUUCAUACAAAGAAGCACACAAUUGCAGUGUCUCUGCACGAAAUGUUUCUUUUGUUGGAGAUUUGCUAAUUAGUGAUGGUAGCAACGAUGGUGCAAUUUAUCAAUGGAAAUUAUCCUAA